CCGGUGCUGUCAGUUACGCGUGACUGAAUUGCUCAAAAUUAGGAGUGCCACAAACACACAACUACUCUUCUCCAGGGCACAGACCACACGGUUCGAGACGAAAAUGCAAAGUGGCCCAUUCUAGGAGUCGCGAUGCUAUCAAAAAUUCUACGUAAAUAUGGCACACUGAACUUGUUCGGCAACCACCAUCCGCACAACAACCAUCCGCGAAGUCCCAGCAAUCGGACACCAGGAUGCGGAUGCGGAUUCACAUCGGAUCCACAGCAGAUCCGCCGCGGAAUACACGACUGGAAUCGGCGCAGUGCGGCGCACCACGAGCGCCGUAAGAUCAUUCCGAAGCUGGUGUAUCUGCACAAUCCGUGGAAGUACCUGGUGACCAAGUUCAAUCUGUGGAAGCUCAAGUGGCUCUGGGACCGCGACUUCAGCGAGCCGGACUUCUUGGAGGGCGCCAAGCAGGCGGCGAUCGUCAUGACGGACAUCAUCCGGCAUCAGAGUGCCGACAAGAUCAGCGAGUAUACAACGCCGGUCGGCUUCCAGCAGAUCACCCGGGACAUGCUCCUCUCGCGGAACGACACGCGGCUCCAGCUGGUCAGGUUCGAGCGGGAGCACCUGCGCCGAGCGAUUCCCAUGAAGGUGGCCACGCGGCAGAACUUCGGCCGGAAGUACGCCUUCAUCGACAUGCUCUUUGUGGGCCUGCGGAACACCAAGGACUUUGACACGGCCACCGAGGUGGUGGAGGUCAGCGAGAUCAUCCGCCGCAUGGACAACGAGCUCAAGACACCGCCAGAAGUCGUCUCCGUUCCGCAUCGCAUUGUUUUCGCCGAGAUCUUCAUACGCUUCAGAAGGGACUACACGGCCGAUGCCAGAAAGGGUGUCAACUUGUCCUUCAGUGCACCCACAGCUCCAGAGCCCGUCGGCAGUGCAAAGCCACUGCAGACACCCUUCAUCCAGUCGGCCAUGGAUCCCAUGAAGUCCGCCCAGACUCCAUCCACGUCCACGUCCGCGGCACUGCCGCAAACGGGCAGGAUCCUGCAGCGCAUGGACGACGUGGGCUGGUCGGUGUCCUUCUACAAGAUCCUGACCUUCGACGUCCUCAACUACGAUCCGCAGCACAAGCGGCACCAGCACCCGUCCGACGACAAGCCUUAGUGUUAGUGAUCAGUUUGAACUAUAUGGUAUGAUAAAUUCCAGCUGGCAAUAAAUUAAAUUAUGCAACUUUUUAUGUACUAA